AGAUGGAAUCCAGAGGAGGUCCUUCCUGACACUGAAGGACAAAAGGCUGAAGACUGGACAACCUGAGACUGGAAGACCUGACUGUUGAUCAACAUGCUUUUAGAGAAAAGAUCUUGAUCAAGAAUAAACACUCUUUUGGCGGAGUGACUGGAAAAUUAUUUAGUCCAGUCGACAGGCAACACCAGUUCUCACUCUCAUUGGUUGGCCGGGUUCUGGAGAAGCCAAUCAACAUCACCGGCAUUCCAAGUUAUCAAGUCUCCACCGACGUGUGAGGGGAUUCAGAUUGGAGGAUGCAGGCUAACGAGCUGGGAACCCUCCUCCUGCUGCUCUCGGGGGCCCUCGCCCUGAUGGGGACCCGGGCGGACUCCCACUCCAUGAUGUAUUUCAUGACCUCCUGGUCCCGGCCCGGCCGCGGGGAGCCCCGCUUUGUCGCCGUCGGCUACGUGGACGACACGCAGUUCGUGUGGUUCGACAGCGACGCGGCGAGUCCGAGGGCGGAGCCGCGGGGGGAGUGGAUGGAGGGGCCGUGGCUGGAGCAGGUGGAACCGGGGUACUGGGACCAGAUGACAGGACGCGGCAAGUUCUACCAACAGACUAUGCGAGCGGACCUGCAGAGCGCGCUGGAGAAUUACAACCAGAGCGAGGCCGGGUCUCACACCUACCAGAGGACGUGUGGCUGCGAAGUGGGGCCGGACGGGCGCCUCCUCCGCGCAUACAAUCAGCACGCCUACGACGGCGCCGACUACAUCGCCCUGAAUGAGGACCUGCGCUCCUGGACCGCGGCGGACACUGCGGCUCAGAUCACCCGGCGCAAGUGGGAGGCGGCCGGUGAGGCGGAGCGCCUGAGGGGCUACUAUGAAGGCACGUGCGUGGAGUGGCUCCUCAGACACCUGGAGAACGGGAAGGAGACAUUGCUGCGCACAGACCCUCCAAAGACACAUGUAACCCAUCACCCCAUUUCUGACCAUGAUGUCACCUUGAGGUGCUGGGCAUUGGGCUUCUACCCUGCGGAGAUCACCCUGACCUGGCAGCGUGAUGGGGAGGACCUGACCCAGGACACGGAGCUCGUGGAGACCAGGCCUGCGGGGGAUGGGACCUUCCAGAAGUGGGCAGCUGUGGGGGUGCCUUCUGGAGAGGAGCAGAGAUACACGUGCCAUGUGCAGCACAAGGGGCUGCCCGAGCCCCUCACCCUGAGAUGGGAACCACCUCCUCAGCCCACCCUUCCUAUUAUGGGCGUCAUUGUUGGUCUGGUUCUCUUUGUGGUCACGGGAGCUGUGGUGGCUGGAGCUGUGCUGUGGAGGAAGAAGCACUCAGGUGGAAAAGGAGGGAGCUACACUGAGGCUGCAAGCAGUGACAGUGCCCAGGGCUCUGAUGUUUCUCUCACAGCUUCUAAAGCAUGAGACUGCUGUCUUGUGUAGGACUGAAUGAUGCAAGAUUUGUUUCUGCCCCACUUUGUGAAUUCAGGAAUCUCUGAUCUCUCUUUCUGCAAAGGGCAUCUGAAUCUGUGUUCCUGUCAGUGUCAUAUGAGGAGGUGGGACACUGACCACCCCCUGCCCUCCACACCCUCCUCCCCACACUGACCUGAGUGUCUUCUCUGAUCCACUGUCCUGUUCCAGAGAGGCUGUUUCCAUCCCUUUACUUCAUAUUACACUGAGCGGGAACUUCUUACUUCCUAGUGAAAUAAAAAUCUGGAUGUGAAUCUGCUUUUUCAAUUCUUGCUGUGAAGGGUUGAUGGGUUAAUUGAAGGAGAAAAUCCUAAAGUUUGACAGGAAAUAAAUAGAAGACCUGAGAACCUA